AUGAAUCCAGGAGCAGAUUCUUGCUGUGAAAGUGGCCAUCUCCCAAGCAGUUUGGGAGUGGAACUCGGAGGAGGAGGAGGGAAUGGGGGUAUCGAGGUGGACUGGUGCACCCUGGGUGAUCCAGCUACCCCAGAGGUGGUGCUCAACGAUCGGAUGAUGACGGAGGCAGCACCUCCAAUUAAACAGGAGCAUUCCUAUAGUCUUGGAGUAGGGACUCAUCAUCACCAUCAUCAUACACCCGAGAUUUUCAUCUCUGGCACGGAAGAUCGUCGUUUUCCUUCCAUCGAUGUUGAGUCCAUGGAUAUGGAAAGCGAAUGUUUUCCGACGAUCCCGAUGACGUCGAUGAAGGUAAAAGAGGAAGUGGGGACUGGAGAAGGGGAUGGGGAAGGGGAAUCGGAAUCCUUUAACUCCCCGUCUCCCUCACCAACUUGUACGCCCACUCAGGCUAGUCCCUUCUAUCACUCUCCACCCUCGCCCAAAAAGUUCCAGGGUACGAGUGUGCUGAAGAAUCAUCAUCAGCAACCACAACAGCCGCCGACGAUUGUCCUCACGACUAGUCGGGGCCGAAUGAGUCUCGGACACUCCAGUCUCAUCCUCCCACAGCUCAACAUCAAAGUGGAAAAUCCCGGUGAGAACCGCAUGUUAAGGUUACAGUAUGCCCCCGACCCCCCCGUCGUCGCAUACGAGCGACUCGGAAGGGAGUUUGAGUCCAAUCCAUCCACCUCCACCUUCCCCAUCACCAUCCCCCUCCUCGUCUUCCACGUCCACCUCUUCCUCUCAUCCCCAUUCCCAUUCUUCCCUCCGGUCGUCCUGUUCCUCGUCGUCGACCACACGACAGCCCAUCCAGACGUCCCUCAUCAGCCACCAACCGAAGAAUUCUUAUUUCUGGAAAAACAGAAAGGGGGUUCCGGAGUCUUGAUGUUGACGGAGGAAGAGAAGCGCACCUUGUUGGCCGAGGGGUACCCAAUUCCCACUCGGUUACCCCUGUCCAAGGCCGAGGAGAAGAGCCUGAAGAAAAUCCGACGCAAGAUCAAAAACAAGAUCUCAGCACAGGAGAGUCGUCGGAAGAAGAAAGAAUACAUGGAUGCACUGGAGAAACGAGUGGAAAGCCUGGCAUCAGAGAAUUUGGAUUAUCGUCACCGGAUGGAAUCUCUGGCCAGUGCGAAUGCCUCUCUCACGGAACAGCUUGAGGGCCUGCAGCAACUCCUGCAAGAUCUUCAAGACAAAGACAAGAUUACCAAGUCCACAGCCACCCAAACCUCCUUGUCAUCUUCCUCUACCUCCUGUUCCCUCUCUUCCAUCUCGAUAUCGUCUCCUUCCGCAUCUUCCUCCGCCUCCAUGCUCUCGGGAGUGAGGUUGAAUCCACCUUUGACGCGGAGGGCCUCGGCCAUGAAGGUCUCCACAUGAUUCCUUCUGUCUCCUCAUCAGUGCAGAUGACUAAGGACACAGAUUAGGAGAGAGCCUGUGGAUAUGUGUGCGUGUGGACUCAUUGAUGUGUGGAGUUGAGUGCUGAAUUUGAGAUGAGCACCGUUAUUCGUCGUGUUUGCUUGUGGUUUAUCAUCUGUCUCGCCUCGGGAUUUAGUCGUGCUAGUCUUCCUCAUCAGGACCUCUUUCCCUCCAUCUUUCUUCAUCAUCUUCUCACUCCUCACCUAUAAGUGAGUUUUUUUUCGAGAGGAGAGUACCUGGAUGGACCAAAAGCAGCAGAAGUUCGGUUGUGAUUCGUUCAUCCCCUCAGGAUUCCAUUGUGUAGAUUAAGAGAGGCAAAUAUAUGGGGAGAAAGAAGUCAGUGAGAGUGUGUGUUCGUCGGAGACAAGUGGAGACAAGAUUUUUUCUCCACGCUUUUCCUGCCAAAGACAAGCUCAUUCCUUCCUUUUCUGUCAAUCUCUUGCUUCCAUUCCAUUGCAUUCCUUGGGUGACACGCUCGAUUCUGACUGACAUUCCGUUCACUGUUUCGGGAACCGCGAUCGUCAGAUUUGUGCCAAUUUUCUGUUUGCUCCAGACCUUUUGCCUUCUUGUCCAUGAACAAUUGAGGGAAUUACGGGAUGGGAUUGCACAAAAAUCGGUUGCCUUCUCCUUGCACGACCGCCUUUGCCAUGGAGAUAUAAAUUAAGAAAUUAUGGAUAUUAUGACUAAUAAUAUCAGAAAUUAUGAUAUUAUUGUUGAAAAUUAUCAAGAUAUAUUUAUAACUCUGAUCUCUAUUUUUGUGGUGUAUAUAUUACAUGUUUGUGUCUCUGGUACCCAAGGGAUGAAGGCACUGCGGCUCAGAGAGGACAGGCUAUUAUGAAGUGUUUGAUCGUGUGUUUAGUAUUUCUUCCUUCCUUUCAACUCUUGUUUUGUUUUUGCGGUUGCAGUGAUUUGAAAUAUGGAGUACAAAUCCUCUCCCAUUCUUUGUUGAACUCUCAGUGGAGGGCCGUCCCUUCCCUUUCGCCUUCCCAGUCUCAAAUUUGAGCAGAUUUGAUGGAAUCUUAGGAAUAGAGCUUUGUUAAGAUGCCCAUGAAAGAGCACGCAAGCGUCCCAGAUAGAUUUCACCUAGUUCUGUUGUGACGUACCCCCUUCGAUCGUGUGUCCUUGGAUGUGCCUGGAACACUUGUUGCUCUGCCUCUGCUCGUCUCCUUUCUGCCUUGUCCAGGUCCUGUGCUUUUUUGCUUGCUUGCAGUUCUGCUUUCCCCAGUUACCUGUAAAAAAUUAUACCAGAGGUUUGUGGUUGAAGAUCGUCGAUGAAAUAAAGACUUUUCCGAGUGUUGUGG